AUGCAUUUGAUACCCGAAUGCAUUCUUGUACUGCUCACAUGCGCACGCUCACAUACUUCAUUCGUACACACACGCCCAUCUUUCGCUGGCCUCUGUCAUGCCAACCCAUCAGGACAAUUCUGUGAAGAGACAUCUUUUUCUGCUAGAGCGAACUCAGACCAGGUGUACCUACCUGCCCCAGAAGUGAAUCAAGCAGCCAACAUACAAAGAAGCGAUGACUUACUGAAGCCUAUAGAUACAGGUCUUAUACAGCUAGGCUCACCCGAGGAACUUGUCAAUGUCCCAUGCGACUACAAUCUGUGCCAGAAUGAAGCCAGUUGUCAAAACGAGCCGGACGGAGCUUACAAAUGCCACUGUGAAUCGGGUAAGUGA